AUGGAGGUGCAAUUGCAGUGUGCCUUUCGGAAACAACAUGAAGUUCUUUGCAGUGGUGUGUGCUUUGUUGGGCGUGGCCGCGGGCCUCCCCGGCCUUCGUCAGCGGCGCGACUCCUCGCCGGAGUUCUUCGAGCUGCCCUCCAACGCCUCCCUGUUCUGGCGGCAAUCAACACGGGCUUCGACUGCGCUGACCUCCCCUACGGCUACUACGCCGACGAGGCCAACAACUGCGCCAUCUUCCACGUGUGUCUGCCCUACAUCGACCACAACGUGUACAUCUCCCGCCACUUCUCCUUCAUGUGCGCGCCUGGUUCCAUCUUCGACCAGGAGCGCCUCGUGUGCGACUUCCCCGAGAUGUCUCUCCCCUGCUCCGAGGCGGCCAACUUCAGGAGUUCCAACGCAUACUUUGGCCGCGAAGAUGUCAACUUCCUUGAGAAGUAGCGCACUCAUUGUCCUGUGCGCUUACACAUGUCCUUUCUGUGUAAGAAUUUUCCAUUUGUUCAGCAUUAUAUUCUCGAUGAGUAAUUCAGUUCAGAUGGUCAAGAUUUAUAUUCAGCUGUUGUUGUUGUCAAAGUUCCUACUGCAAGAUAGAAUAAUAUCUUGCGUUUUAAUCUUUUCCCAUAAAAAUGAAGCAUAAAGAUGUUGAUAAUGCUGUUGAAUAAAAGUGAUCUCACAU